UCAGAGCUGAAAUUUAAGAUGAAGUUACAAGAGGAAGAGGAAGACUAGUCACCAUAGGCAAGCAGAGACUUUAGAAUCUCUGAUAUUUUGAGCCAUUACAAAAACUUUCCUUGCAAUAAUUUUCAUUAGCCAGACAGCCAGAAUAGCACCUUGCUUUUCUUCAACCAAAAAAAAAAAAAAAAAGAAUUCUAAAGAGUAAAAUAAUAAAUAAUAAUCAGCCCCCAUAACAUUACCAUAUUGAAAACUCUAUUGCUUUUCCUAUCCAACUACAAAUUCAGAAGAAGUGAUUCCUAACCAGCUUGAAAGUGGAGCUGAUUUUCAUGGUAAUUAUAGUUCUGCAGAAUCUGAGAUGUUGUCAUUAACCAAUGAAUCAUCUUUUUAUCAGAAUCAAGAAAGUAGUGACAUGGGAGGAACAGAGCCAAAGAAGAAGCUGAAGAAAUUGAGGUCAGUCAAGCUUUCAAGAUUGCCAAGCUUAAGAUCAUCCACAAGGAGGGCUAAAUCUCGAUCCAAUCACCUUCCCAUUGUCUUAUCUGCUAAUGUAUCAAGCUCAGGGCAGUCAACUCCAUUUGAAAUGUCAGAUGGAUCUCCAAAUUUUGUGAAGGCCACAAGCAGUGCAGAUGCAAAGAAGGAAACUUCGCAGAAUUCAGUGACAAGGUUGAUAAGGAGAUCAAGUUUUAAGCCUGGGAAGAGUUUAACAAGAAUGUCUAGUUUGAGGUACAAGAGGCCUUUGAUGAGUAAAAGCUCUGGAGGGACAGAGUUGCAGAGGAAACUGAAGAAGUCAAGAUCAAUGAAGAAGGCAAGUUUUAAGGGGUCAAGUCUAUCCACAAGAAGCACGGAAUCUGGCUAUCAGGCAAGUCCCCAUACUUCUGAAUCCAGUUUUAGUAGCAAUGGUCAAAUUAGGAAAAAAACAAGAGCUCCAAAUCCAAAACCAGUCUUUUCUGGUAACAAAUCUGUGAGAAUUAUAACAAGAACAUCAAGUUUGAAACCCAUGAAAGUGUUAACAAAAAUGGGUACUUUCAAAUCAAAGAAAAAUUCCAUGGGGAGAUGUUCUAACACAUGUCAAAUCUCGGACUCAAGCAUGCGUAAAGCUACCUGUUCUUCAACUCUCAAGAACUCCAAAUUCCCUGUUUCUUCAACUCUCAAGAACUCCAAAUUCCCUGUCUCCUUGGAGCUUCUUCCUGGAGGACAUGAAUCUGAAAGAAAUUCAAUCAUGAAGGUUUGUCCAUACACUUACUGCUCUCUUCAUGGCCAUCACCAUAAUGAUUCACCUCCAUUGAAGCGCUUCAUAUCUACAAAGCGGAGUUUAUUGAAGACCCAGAAGAGCAUGAAACGGGACAGUCAAUUUCUUAAAGGCAGCCGAUCUGGAAAUAUGAAGAAAGGGAUUCAGAAAAACAAAAUGGUCCACAAUGGAGAUCCUGCAGCUCGUAAAUCCCGCAGAGCUAUCUCUCCCAUUGAAGAAAAAGCAGGCAGGGACUUCACUGUAGAUAUAUAUGCUGAACCAGAAGCCACAUCAAAUGCAGUAGCCACUUCAGGUGGAAAAGAUGAAGGGCUCAGUGAUUUUGAUUAUGAUACUGAGAUGCUGCAUAGUGAAAGGUCACAGCCACAUAUAUAUGAAGCCACUCAUAUGGAAAGAAGAGAAGAGAGAAGUGUUGCAUCCAACCAUCAUGAUGAAGAGGUUAAUUCCAUUCUCACUGAUGACAUGUACAAUGGUGAUUCAGAAUCAUUUGGCGAAAAUUUUAAGGCCAAUUGUUUAAUUGUUGAACCACCUGAUGGAUAUAGAAGACCAAUCCUUGAUAGAUUUGUGGAAUCAACAGGAAGUAACAGUGUGGUCUCUUCUGAUAUUGAUCAUGAGCCAAUGGAGGAAGAAAUUACAGGCGGUGAAGAAAAGAAAGGAUGUUCAAACGAUGUAGAAGGCAAGAGGCAGUUUAAAAAUCAGAAAUAUAUCAGAAUGUGGCGCUUGCUAUAUAAGCAUGCAGUGGUAGGUAUUGAUGGAAAAGUUGAAAACCAGCAUCAUCUAGAUGGAGUGGACAGUGAAGAACAAGUGGAAGAUGGCAACAACUUGCUUGGAAUGAACAACUCUAGUUCUUCUGAGGAUUUUUCUGAAACAAAUGAAGACACCGCUAAGGAAAGUCACGAUACAUACCAACAAAGGAAUGAGCUCAGCCAGAUUGAUGCCAUUAAGCUGGUACAAGAAGCAGUCGAUAAUGUCCUUCUCCAAGACUUUCAAGACAACUCAACUGAUGAUCAAUCAAUUACUAGUAGCACAAGUUCAGACCAGGAACUCUUAGGAAAGAGUCAUGGUGAGGGUGGGGAUCGGAGCAUGUCAGAUUCCAGCGAGCCUGCUAAAGACAGUAUGAUACAAGAUACAAAAGCAAUAUGGCUCAACAUCAAUACUAUUAGUACUCCCAAAGAUGAGAAAGCAGCAUCUGAGGUGGGAAACAAAUCUGACAAGAAAAUGCCCAAGGGAUGGAGCAAUUUGAAAAGGAUAAUCCUCCUCAAGAGAUUUGUCAAGGCACUGGAGAAGGUGAGGAAUUUCAAACCCCGAGGGCCACGAUAUCUAUCUUUGAAGCCUGAUCCAGAAGCAGAAAAAGUUAAUCUGAGGCGCCAAACAACAGACGAGAGAAAAAACACUGAGGAAUGGAUGCUUGAUCAUGCACUUCAACAGGUCAUUUCUAAAUUAGCUCCAGCUCAAAAACAAAAAGUAGCACUGCUUGUAGAAGCUUUUGAGAAAGUACUUCCACUUCAAGAAAUUGAAACUAGCCAGAGGUCCAAUGCAGCAGUUUGCACUCGAGCAAAUUCCAUUCAAUCCUGUAAUGGUUUUUCAAUUCAAAGUGGAGAAGAAACAUGUCAAGAAAGAAGUUAUGAAGAGUCUGCUGAGAACUUGCCAAGAAAAACAUCAUAUCUAGAGAAAGAAUUCAAAGACUAUCCAGACCAAGUCGGCGAUUUUCUUACAGACAAACAGCAAACUCCAGUGAAAUUUUCUGAGCUUGGAGCAGAUUUGGAGAGUUGCUGCAUUAAAACAGAACAUGACAUUCUUGCUUCUCAAGCCACCAAAGAAGACUGGAAGGAAAAGAAAAUUGUUGCCAUCAAUCUUGAUAAGGUGGACAACAAAUUCAUUCUUGCUGAUGAUCUGCCUGAUUCCAUCAACAGUUGUUCACCGGAGGUCAAAGUCCCCAGCUCAUGUGAUGAAUUCUCCUUGAAGCCAGAGGACAUUGUGAGCACCUGUCACGAAGAAGUUCAAGAGAAUGGAGAAGUCUCCAGAGAAUUUACUUCAAGUUCAGAACCUUGCAACAGUGGUUCUGAAUCAAUUGCAACCCGGGAAGAAAGAGGAGGAGCUAAGCCAGAAUCUCAGUCCCUUCCAGGGUUUUCUCCAAUUGAAGAAUCUAAGCAUUGUUCCACCGCUGAUGUAGCAAAUGAUACACAAUUUGAAAAACAGAAAAACAUGGGGCUGUGGGGCUUAGUAUAUAAGCACAUGGUAUCAGCUCUUGCAGAAAAUGAUGAAACCAAGCCACAUCUUGAUGAAGCAGGUAAAGAAGAACAAGCGAGCAAUGCAAACUCAUUGCCUGUACCAAGCAUCUCCAAUUCUUGUCAAAAUUUCUCAGAAAUAAAUCAAGACAUGGAAAUAGAUAACAAGCCAGAUGACCAGAAGGUUGAACUCCAACGUAUUGAGGCCAUUAAGCUCGUAGAAGAAGCAAUUGAUGAAAUCCUUCUUCCAGAAAUGCAAGACCACUCAACUGAUGAUCAACAAAUCACUAGUGGCAUAAAUCCAGAUAAAGAGCUCUCAGAAGAGAAAGGUGGUGAAGGAGGGGAACCAUUCAUCUUGAAGUGCAAAAUUUUGGAUAAAGACAGCUUCGUGGAGUCUGAAAAUACAGAUUCAGAAGUAAAAAGGCUCAUAUCUGAUAGUGUCAGUACCCAAGAAGAAGAGAAAACAGAAAUGAAGGUGGGAAAGAAAUCUAACCAGCAAAUAACAAGGAGCUGGAGCAAUGUGAAAAAGUUGAUCCUACUUAAAAGAUUCAUCAAGGCAGUAGUAAAAGUAAGGAAAUUUAAUCCAAGGGAGCCACGGUAUUUGCCUUCGGAGCUGGACCCUGAAGCAGAAAAAGUUCAUUUAAGGCAUCAAGACAUGGAUCAGAAAAAGAAUGCCGAGGAAUGGAUGCUUGAUUAUGCACUUCAACAGGUUGUUGCAAAACUGACUCCAGAACGGAAAAGAAAAGUGGAACUUCUUGUAAAAGCAUUUGAAACAGUCACUCCAACUAUUGGAAGUUGAAAGGCAAGACGCAGCAGCUUCAUAUCAUGCAAAACUGCAUAUAGUCAAGGUAAGGCGACAAAAAGCAGCUUCUUGGUGGUGAUCAGUGGACAUUGCUCUGUAGUAUCAGUCUGAGGGGAAAUGUUCCAAAGUAAUAAUCUCUGAACGUUAAUCAUUCUGACAUGUAGGACACAGAAGUAUAACACAUAGAUGCAAGUUGCGAGUCAAUAGAGAUGGUAACCUCUCAGCUGAACCACUGAACUGUUAUUUAUUCUGUCAUUUAGAACACAGAAGUAUACCCCAUAGAUGAAAGUUGUGAGUCAAUGGAGAUUGUAAGGUGCAUGCCCUCUUUUUUUCCUUUGUGAUUUUUUAGUCUUAUUACAAUCUGCAUAUAUUGUGAAGAAUAAAUAGAAAUACAAUGAUAAAAAUUUGUACUUGGGAGUUGCAAUUUUGUAGUGUAUCAAAAACUGUUUUAUAAUGUACAUUGUAAUGCAGUAAUGACUCGAGAAUUGAACAAGCACA